AUGGGGGACCAACAACAAGCAACAGAGAACCCUGGCGUCCAAGAUGAACAAAGCGCAAAACCUGUUUUGGUAAUCUCAAAGUUGCUUGGUCCUCCUCCUUAUGUCCUGGAUCCAGAAACGCUGGCAGACUCCUUCAAUCCAUUCCCUUGGAUGAAAGGCAACUCAUUCCGGCAAGUUGACGAAAAUACAUUAGUCAAGUACGGCGGCAGUGUUACUCUAGUCGAGGCAGAAGCCAUGGACUUUAUCUCUCGCCAGACCAGCGUCAAAUGUCCGCAAGUCCUCGGUGCUUAUGAGCUCGACGGCACUGCGCAUAUUCUCAUGUCUUUUGAACAUGGGAAGUUGUUAUACGAAUUCUGGCAAGACGCCUCGGAGAGCGAGAAAGAGGCAGUGAUUGGCAAGCUGCAGCACUACCUCAAGGAAAUGCGAGGCAUCAAAGGCGACUAUGUGGGUGGCUUCAAUCGCAAUCCUUGCAGGGCUGGCGAGUUCGAGUGGGACUUCGACAAGACAGAUCACAAAUAUGGACCGUAUGCAGACGAAGAUGGCUUUAACCAUGGAAUCGCAGAAGCUCUGUCACGGGCGAGCCCAAAGCCUGACGUGGAGGAUCCCGAAUCCCCGGAGUAUAACAGGAUGUAUACUAUCCAGCAACUGGUGCACUCCCUUCGUGGCCACGACAUAGUGUUCACACAUGGUGACCUUCACCCCGGCAACAUACUCGUACAGGAUGAUUUGAAUGUGGUUAUUUUGGACUGGAAUACGGCAGGUUUCUACCCCGCCUACUGGGAGUGGUAUAAGGCUACCUGGCACGGCACGUUUAUGCCGAGUUUCAUACGACAGGUUGAGCGAUAUAUCCCACCUUAUUGGAUAGAGGCCAACAUCUUGAGUCAGAUUUAUAACUGGAUAGUUGGAUGA